AUGGAAGAAGGAAAUGUCGAAAAUGAAAUUUUGGAAGAAAAUUUGGAAGAUUUUCAAAAUGAUGAAGUUUUGAUGGAGUAUGAAAAUUUGCCUGAUCAGGAUGUUCAAGUCAAUCACUUGGCGAUAUACUUAGCUGCAAUUGACGUUUAUUUUUAAAAACAUUUUUAUUUUUAUUCAAUUUAUUUAUUAGAAUCAGGAUUUUGGUGCGCUUGAGCCCACACCAGGAUUUUUCCCCAUUUUUGGAUGGGUUCUUUUUUUCUGACGGUUUCUUUUUUUUAUUAUAGUUUUAAAUUGAUUUAAAGUUUUCGAAAAUCAUCAUAAGAGUAGUUCUAAAUUUGUCGACAAUUUCCAAAAGAUUAAUUUCAAUUUUUCGGCAAUUUUCUGAAAACUUCUAUUUAAAUUAUUUGAUUAUUUUGGAGAAAAUUUAAAAUUUUUAUUUAUUUAGUCCGUCCGCCGAAGACUGGAUGUGCACUGGCAGCAUCAAUUCUUUCAGCAGUUAAAAACAAGGCGUGCCAAUUUUAUAAACAAGUUUUUAUCCCCCUAUUUAUUAAAUUUGGAUUUUUAUUAAUGAUUAAAAGUUCUUUUUUUCGUUAUCAGGGAUUGA